AUGGGCGGAACACAGUCGACUUGGGCAUCUUCUAAUCCGUGGCUCGUAAGGCCAAGCCCAGCGCUCGCUAUCCUUCUAACGGUUGCGGUGCUGAUAGGUCAGAUGAAGAAGACCGAAGACGACUGGAUGACGGCGGAGGAAGCGAAGGACCUCGAAGAGCAAUGGUUGGCAGAGGUCCAGAAAAGGGAAGAAGCGAGAAGGGUGGAGCAACAAGCGUGGAUCAUGGCAGAUAAAAUGAUGCAAGAGCUGAACGACAAGUGGGACAUCGACGAGGAUGCAAUCCUGGCAGCUGGCAAGAGGUGGGAGGGCGAGGGGAGGAGAUUGGCCGAGGAGGAUGGGAGGUCCGCCGAUGUGAAGACCAGGCCAAUGGACCAGAAAUCUGCAGAGAGGAAGGCCCAACCCGCAGAAGGAGAACCGCCGGAGAGGAUGCCGGUGGGGGAAGGUCGAUCUCUUGGUGAAGUGUCGACAACAAAGGCGUAUCAAGCUAUGCGCGAGGAACGCAGAAACGACCAUAAUGAGAGUCGAUACGCACCCAGUCGUCUGGCCGAGCGCAGAGGAGAUUUCGGCGGCGGCAAAGAGAGUGCAGGUAUUGCCGGAAGCGGCAAGUCCUCCUUGAUCAAUGCAUUGCGCGGCAUCUCGAACAGUAGCAAGGGGAUAAACAAGGGAUCCAACCUUGAAGUAGCGCCUACUGGGAUCAUCGAGACCACAAGCAUCAUCGGUCGAUACGUCGAUCCCGAUCCGGAGAAGCCGUUCGUCUGGUACGACAUUCCGGGCGCGGGAACACUGAAGAUUCCCGGCUGGCAGUACUUCAAUACGCAGGGGUUGUACAUCUUUGACUGCAUUGUCAUCUUGUUCGACAACCGGUUCACAGAGACGGACAUCGCCCUCCUCCAGAAUUGUGCGCGAUUCGGGAUCCCAUCCUUUGUCGUCGGGUCUAAAUCGCAAGCCAAAAUUGCGGCCAUCGUGAAGGAUAUGCAGGACUCCGAGUCCGAUUCUGAUGAGGAAGACCGAGAUGAAUGGGACGCGGACCAUGGAUCCUACAACAGAAAUGACCGGGUGGCUCGCGAGAAAUACAUCAAGGAGACGAACGAGAGCGUUCUGCACAAUCUUGCUGCUGCCGGCCUGCCGCCGCGGAGAGUUUAUCUCGUGGAUAAGGAUGUGCUCCGAAAGGUUGUCAGGGAAUCGUCGAGGAAGAACAGUAGCAGUCUGUUCCAAAACAUCCCCCUGAUAGGCAGGAAGCCGUCUAGGGAAGACAGAGUUUCGAAGGACGGCAAGCUCGAAGAUCAGAUCAUCGACGAGCGGAAUCUGCUUAACGACAUGCUCCGAGCAGGUUACGAGCGUACUGCGGGACCAUGGUGGUUUUUCUAA